UUCGAGAGUCCUACAACUCAGUGUUUCCUGACGGGCGCGAGGACUUAUACAUAGUCGUGGCAACAUGGGAAGUUUCUCUCGCCAUCAUACGGUUGAAUUCCAGUGUUCAUUGCAAGGCAUCAGACAUUGACCCACGCAAACAAUUCCUCCAUCGUGAAGGACUUCACCAUGUUCAAGCGGAGUCGCACCCAGCGCUCGUACGUCAACGGGGACGACGAGAUCAGCGUAGUCAAAGUUCAACAACCUGAAUUUACUCGACCGGCUCGAGCGGAUACAAUCUCAUCGGCCAGGUCGUCUUGUUCAGAUGUUGAUCCGUCGGAUUAUGAGGUUCAUGAAUCUUGCGUUAUUCGCAACUUUCCAAAGCAUAAGUCAUCACAUUUGCGCUUCCUAGCAUGGGUAGCAUACACUCGCAAAUACACCGAUGAAUCGAUCACCGACGACGAACGAAGGACAUGUCCUCUACUUUGGUGCAGGUCACAAUUCAAGGACCAAGAGACCAUGCUGCAGCAUGUCUACAACUGCCCGUACCUAUCCAAAGGACUCUACUGGUGCUUCCAUUGCCAGAAACCCGAGCGAGUAGGUAAUUUCAAAUGUAGACGAUGUCAAGGAGCUCCAUCAAGGACCGAUCGUAUUUCUUCCGUCGCCAAGAAGAUAUUCUCAAAGCUUGGAGCAAAACCUCAUCGAUCGGACCAUUCUGACAUCUUCAAGCACGGAAAAGACCUCUCUAAAUUCUCUGAACAUACAGAGUUCAGAGAGUCCUCUCUCCACAUAAGCCAAUCGAACUUCGAUGGACCGUGGGAUCCUCGACAGGCGCAAGAACUACCAAGCGACUCAGUUGUUCGGGAGAUGCCAGGAGACCUAUCUGCUGCAUCUUAUGAGCUUGCUGAUACGUACAUCUCAGAGAUGGUGGGUACUGAGUGUCCGAUUGAAUUAGGCGUCGGGUCUGAGAACUGGGCCGACAACUUGUAUAUUGAUGAGUGGGAAUCAUCUGCACCAAAGGUCCAAGACGACUCUCCCAAGCCACGAUUAUCGGUCGAUACAUCUUGCUCUCCUGUCAGCUUACUGUCUACACAUGCCAAGCUGGCUCACAACUCGACUUGGGAUGACACACCUCUAUCGGCUACCAUUAUAUCACCAAUGAGUGCUACAGGCGCAUACGACUAUAGUGCAUUGGAGAUAUCUCCCACUGAGAGUGAUACGAGUGGGAAUACAUUCUCCACUCUAGACUCUGGGUACUCGAGUGCCACGUCAUACACGGCUCCAUCUGCCUGGGACUUCUCAAUGACUGGUCUUGAGAGUUUUGGAAGCAUGAAAGACAGGAAGGGAAAGAAGCGUGAGAUUGGACAGAUUUCAGGAGACUGGGCCAAUGGUGCCGCUUUGUCAGGACCACCGAUUUUCCCAUCAAUUCCCAGCAUCUCGAUGAGUCAAGAUGUGACUGUAAGCCGAUCCAACAGCUCCAGCACAACACAUUCGGCAAGUCGAUGCCCCAUCUCAGAAAGACCCAAGCCAGUCUCGCCACACUGGCGAAAUGCUUCCGACUUGGUGCAAUCUUUCUCUGAAGUCCUGGAUGCUCAUAUCGAGCAUACGAAGGCUGCCUUAAAGGAGUUGCCUAGCACUUCGAUCACCCAAGAACUCUUGGCAAUGUCAAGAACAUCCAUGGUUUCUCUUGGAUUGGAUGUGCUACAAGGCAUCCUCGAAGGCCGAAAUCCUACGGCAAUCAUUCAAGUCUUCGCAUUCAUGCACAUUGCUUUCGCACUAGCAAUUGCCGUGGACCAAGAUGAGGCCAAGGUCGAAACCCAAGCUUGGUUCCAGGACUCUUUGACUUGGGUUCAGGAAUUGCCAUCAGAAAGGCAGCAGCAGGUUUAUCUGCAAAUUGCUCGAGCUGUAUGGCAGCCACUCGAUGCUUCAAGCAUGAGUAGUCUAUCGGCUCGAGACACAGCGCAAGAAAAGCAGAGACUAUUAUUUGAAAGCUGCAAGCACUUUCUGGAUGUGUUCGAAAGUUUGGGAAGCUGUGACGACUCAGAACCCUCGAGCGAUUUCGACUUUGAGCAAGCGAGCUUUGAAACGAAAGCCAAGACUCAGGUCAUCGAUGAGUUGAUUCAGAUAGUUGGGAUCGAAGCAUUCAUUGAAGAUGUGGUGACUGUCGAAAGACGACUUACCCAGGGACAAAUCACGAGUGUUCGAGGUUUGGAGCUGGACUUGAUAUUUGCUGGCAAGCUUGCUUCACAAUCAGAUGCAACCUACAGCAGGUUCGUGGCCCACGUGACGAGUCUCUGCGACGUCCUCUACGCGGAAGGAUCACUGCAUCCUCGAACGGCAUACCAUAUCCGAGAUAUAGCAGAGAUUAAACGGCUGCUACCGGAGGAAAACUACAAUGAUGAUUACGGAGCUCAAACCCAUGAUCUCCAAGAGCAAGAUCUCUGCGACGAAGAUCUACUUCUUUCCCUCGACUGGGAACGAGGUCAAGGAGCUCUCGACGUCUCAACCACGGCUCUAACAAGAGAUUUGGAUGAAAUCUUAAGCCAAGCUUCAACUAGUCAUCAUCAUGGCAGUUUCAACGUCCCUCCUCGACCGGCAUCACUCCCUGCCAUGAACCAACAACAUUUAUCUCCCUUCGCAAUACCGACCUCGCACCAUCGCUCCUCCUCUUCGGCAUCACGGACGAAUUGUCCACCACCAACACCGCACCCAACACCCUUCUCUACCACAACAUCGCCCUUCGCUCCACCCCCAACACCAAACCCCGCACCUUCGCCCUCGGCUCUCCGCUGCCACUGCGGCUACAUCCCCACAGGCGAAGAAAAAUGGAAAGCCUCCAACCUGCGGCGUCACAAACGGACGCAACACCCAAGCGAAGAGAAGCGAAAAGUGUAUAAGUGUAAGGUGAAGGGUUGUAAGAGUACGUUUACGCGGAGCGAUAAUCUGAGGAGUCAUGCGAGGGAGAAACAUGGUGUUGAUUGUGGGCGGAGGAGGGCUGCUGGACUUUGUGUCUUUGUAUUAUUUUGGGAUGGAGGGCGGACUUGCAUUGCUGGAGUUUUCGGUCGGGAAUUGUGAUGGAAAGGAAGGAAAGAAACGAUUGAUACCCGUGAUGUCUCGAUGAGAUACAUAUCUUACCUAAAUACGUAGUUAUAAUUAAAUAUCAAAAAUUCAAAAUUCAAACAAAAGAAAUUCAAUACAUA